CUCUCGCUCGCUUUCCUCUCUUAUAUAUCGCCUCUCCCUCUCCGUCUCCCCCGCUGCGUCGCCAUUGCUGCCUUCUCUGAGCUUUCUUUGGCCGGGGUGGUGGUGCGAGGCUGGGAGUUGCGUUGGUUUGUUGUUAGCUUCGAGUGAUCUGUGUGGUGUCGUUGUAGUGUGGUGGUGGUGGUGGAAGGCGGAGGAGGAGGAGGGGAUGAGGGCGGGCGGAAUGCUGUGCCGGUCGCAGGCGGCGACGGCGGUGUGCGUGCCCGGGGACGCGCGGUCCAUGAUUGUCGCCCGCCGCGCCGACCGCACCAUCGCCGAGGACGCGCGCCUCGUGCAUGACGUCAGGUACGCGCGCCUCGGAGGGGCCGGACCCGGCGGGCCGCGGGUCCCGUCGCGGCGGUUCGCCGGUGUGGCGAGGCAGGCGGCGGCGGGAGCCCCGCCUGCGCCUCCUCCGCCACCGCCUCCGCCGCAGCACAAGCAGCGGCGCACCCGCCGCGGCGGGGCGGGCGUCGCGGUGACGCUUCCCAUGGUGACAAAGAGCCCCAAGGAGACCCCGGCCAGGGAGAUGGCCGCCGCCGCCGCCGCCGCGGCCAAGCGUGCGCCCGUCGCCGCUGCGUCGCCCGGCGACCAAGUCCUCCAAGUGGUGGUCAUGAAGGUGGCUAUUCACUGCCAGGGGUGUGCAGGGAAAGUGAGGAAGCAUAUCUCCAAGAUGGAAGGUGUGACGUCGUUCAGCAUCGACCUGGAGAGCAAGAAGGUGACGGUGAUGGGUCACGUGUCGCCGGCCGGCGUCCUCGAGAGCAUCUCCAAGGUCAAGAAGGCCGAGCUCGUCUUCCUCUGAUAAACAUAUGUGAUCACCAAUCCUCGCCGGCCAGCCAUAGCCGCCGUCGUCGUCGUCGCCCCCAUGGAUGCUUAGCUAGCUGAGAAGAAGAAGAAGAAGAAGAAGCUAGCUAAAUUCGCAGCAAACUAAGCUACUGUGGCAGCAAGAGAGAGAGAGAGAGGUUAGAGAGAGAGAGAGAGAUGGGGUACAUGCUGUGAUAGAUCAAUGGGUGAAAGCUAGUGAGAGAGAGGGGGAUAGAGAGAGAAGACAGGCAGGGGCAUGCGUGGUGAACUGUGCGUGUUUACUGGUGUCUUAGUGUUUGUGUCGUCGUGUACUCGAUCGUGUGUGUGUGUGUGGCGCAUGCAUGCUUUGCUUUUCGAUCUCAAAAAAAUCCCUUUCUUUUCAUCUCCAUUUCUUUCACCUUCGCACGCGUCUCGAUCGAUCGAUCGAUCAGUCGCCUGUUGUGUUGGACUUGGAGCUAGAGCUAGAGGGAGACAGCAAGCAAGCAUGCAUGGCUGAGACAUUAUUCGCCAUGGCCGAGCUCAGCUUGGCCUCUUCCGUUUGGCCCCCGUGCUUUUUGACUGCAUCUGUCUAACGCACUAUGCUCCUUGGGGCCAAGCUAUAGACAUUAGCCAGCCCAGUUGCAGA